AUGAAAACUUUAGAAAAUCCGUCUACUGUGCUUACUUCGACGUCUAACGCUGUUUGUGUCAAACCAAAAAUCAGAAAACGUCAAUCUUUAAUUCAUUCGAAGCAGAAGGAGGACGUGACAAAUUUAUCUAAACAACCGUCGUCUCUUAAGUGCAACGGAUGCGUUCAGUAUGACAGCUGUUCGGAUGUCACAAUUAUCGGCAAAGACACAUGGCUAUGUCUUGGAAGUCCGACUUCACGAGCUAGCAAAACUAUAGAACAUGCUGGCGGCAACUCGUUGAAGACCAGUGGAUGUUUCUCGGGCAAGUUACGCGCUGCCGGUCACAAGGGCAUUGUAACUUUUGAUGUUGUUUCACGUGACGGCCUUAAUCUGUUCGACCUAAACGCCAUCGACAAACUUGAUCUCUGGUCCAUGUCUUUUGGAAGAUGUCGCGAACUGCUUACAGACGAGAUAGAACAAUGUUCGACCUUCAAAGCCAACAAGCUUGCUUCAUCCGGUGAAUCUCUUACUUUGUCCAUUUCUCUCAAAAAAUUUCUUUCGCUGUUGCCCAUUCCUUACGCCAUGGAAAAACCUUUCAAGGAAGAGUUUCUGCGUCUCGAGUCUCUCAACAUAAUCAAACGUGUCCACCUGUCAAAUUGGAGUACACCGAUUGUCAUCGUCAAGAAACCUGAUGGAAAGAUCCGUUUGUGUGCAGACUAUUCCACGAGAGUUAAUCGAGCCCUAUGCGAUAACACGUAUCCUCUCCCAAACGUCGAUUACAUAUUAACCAAACUAAGCGGAAAUAAGUGCAUUAGUGUCUUAGACCUUAGUGAAGCUUUUUUACAAAUCGAAGUCGCUGAGGACCAACGUGAUAUCACUACUAUUACAACCCCGAAAGGUUUCUUUAGAUUUAGACGUCUCCCGUUUGGCAUUAAAACAGCUCCAGCCAUCUUCCAGCAAGCUAUGAAUUUUACUCCCUCUGGUUUAGAAGGUGUCUAUGCUUAUAUCGACGAUGUUAUUGUGGCAGGUUUUACCCGUCAAGAACACGAUUUUUGUCUUCUUUUAACCUUUAAACGUCUUGAAGAAAAAGGAUGGAAGUUGAGACUUGACAAAUGCCGAUUUGCUCUUCAAGAAAUAAAAUAUCUUGGUCUUAUUGUCAACGGUUCCGGCGUCUCUGCUGACCCCAAGGCAACUCAUGCAAUCGCGAACAUGCCCUAUCCGACCUGCGUCUCAGAAGUUCAGACUCUUCUGAGAAUGAUAAACCAUCAUGAUAAGUUUAUUCCUCAUCUUCAUUAA